UCGACUGUUCCGUUCAUGUUUGUUCCCCUGUUUUUUUGUGCGCUUUUCUUCUGCCCGGUUUUGUUCAUCAUUUGGUUUCUUUCAGGUGCUCCUGAUCCAAACAUACCAGAGCAGGGACCAACAGCGCCACCUCCUGGAUGGUUAGAUACUAUACAUGGCUACCAAGACCACAAAGAAGGAGAGCAUGAAAGCCCGUUAUACCCACCUCCAUCCACCCAUCAGCCUCAGCGUGAGCAUGACAAGAAUACCUCAGUGCCCAAUGUCAGAGUUCACACAGUGUCAGAGGCUGUGGCCAGAGAGGCUCUGAUCAAGUUUGCAGAAUCCAAAUGGAAGUACAGUUCCAAACCUGCCAGGGAGCUGACCUUCACUGACCUCAAACCCAUCACUGUGUACCGGUACCGAUUGGAGACCUUCACUGAGACCAGAACCAGUGCCUGGCAUUUCGAACCCUACAAUGGACAGCAGGUUGAUGGUCCUCAGUAUGGUCCGAGCCCACCACCAUGGGACAUCCCGGUGAUGAUACCACAGCAAUUCGCUGAUGUGGCAGCGAAGGCCCGCGUGCCGCAUUCUUCUGUCGUAAAGAGGUGUCACCAGUGUGACGGCAGAGGGCGAACGCGCUGUCAAAACUGUGGUGGUCACGGCAGAAGAAUUUGCGGUCUCUGCCACGGUCGUGGCCGGAGAGACCAUGGCCGCUGCUUCACGUGCCAAGGCCGGGUUCCAGGCUAUGUUCUUCUUGUCAAGGCACAGGCAUCAGGAUAUGCAGCGGUUGUCAAGGCAGCCAGAAUCUGCUGCAUUUCAUCCAGCUCACUGGAGCCUUUUAAAUAUCUACAGCGGGGUCUGUUUUUUGCAGGAGGAACCCAUAUGUCUGACUACAUUCCGGACCGCCAGCAUGAUUUCCCGAAUGAGAAAUUUAAGACGGUGAAAGGAGACCCUUUCUUCAUCAAUGAGGGCCAGCUGGUCUACCCGAUCAAGGGAUUUCCCGAUCAGGAGAUCUGUGACAUUUCUGCAAAGCUGAUUAACGAACACAUUAACAACUACAGCUCCACCAGUCGCAUCGUAUCCCAGCGUCAGGUGAUCGAGCUGGUGCCCAUGACUGACGCUCAUUACUCGUACAGUGGACGAGAUUAUAACUUCUACGUGUAUGGAAUGGAGAAUGAAGUCUACGCAGCCCAUUAUCCAACUGCAUGUUCUAUUUUAUAAGUAGCGCGUUUGGAUUUCGUGGCAACACCGCAGAGUGUUCAUGUACAGUAUGACUACAACUUACAUAAUUUCUUUAACAGGUGGCUACAAAUAUAUAUAUUAUAUACUAUCAAAGUGAAAUUAUGAGCCUUGAUGUCCUGAACAACUCCUUUGGAAUAUACCACAAAUGUGUUGUGUUAUUUUAGCAGUUUUCUUAUUAUUGGGAAUAAAGGGUGUUUGGAUGUCCAUACUGGUAAUUAACUGGUAAUAACACCUUUCUAAGUCCUUAUAUAUGGCUUGUUAACAUUAUCUGUUUAAAGAUGAUAUGUUAGUAAUAGCAUCAUAAACAUGUUUACUGUCAGAUGAUAUAGCAUUGCACUUACUCUACGUCUGGUAGCUGAAAAAGGUGCAGUUGAAUUUAAUUCAAUUUAUUUAAUUUAUAUAGCGCCAAAUCACAACAAUGUUGCAUCAAGGCGCAUCACACAAGUAAGGUCUAACCUUACCAACCCCUAGAGCAAGCACACAGGUGAC